GUGAAUCGAAUGAUCGAAUCAGAAUCGAGUGAUGAAUCGAAUCGAAUCGAAUCGAAUCGAAUCAAAUGAAUUGAGCCAUUCCAAUGGGAAGAGAAGCUUUUCUCGGAGGCAUCAUCGAGUGAUACUUUUUUACACGCACAACUCUGCCCCAUUCACGCUGAAACGAUGAUGCCCCCGCCAAGACCUCCAAGACUGUCUACCAACAGUCGACAAGUACCAAUUUCCGAUGAGCCUAGCUCCCCAAUUCCUGGAGACGAGGGACAGUUGGCUCGAUCGCUGGGUGCUGCUUUCGGCGGCUUGACAGGUGGAGUCUUGCCCCUCCAUCGACAAAUCAGCGAAGUAACUUCCAUCACUCACUCGGGGUAUCUGUUCAAGCGGUCCAAUAAACCUUACCAACAAGUGAGUCCAUUUCCAGUCCAUUCUUUGGAAAUUUCAGUGGACGUGGACGAUACUACCAACCAUUUCGACAGUGUACCCAACGGUGGAUUGGUGGCGGAAAUCACACCAAUAUUGAAUCCCAAACCUUCGUCACUGGAAGAUGCCUUCUCACGAGAAAGCUUGACUACCUUUGCCACCACCAACGGCGACAACAAUCAUCUGCAGCAAUCGUUGUCCCAUCGCCCUUUGCACUUGGAAACAGACGAUCCUAGCUAUCCAGCACUACCAACUCUCGUCACCCCUCCCUUGGUUCCUUUGUGGAAUGACAUUACUGGGUCCAUUUCUACCAAAGCUACUGAUAGGGAUGAUUUUCAGACGGAAACCCCAUCUGAUUCACAGGCUGCGAGAAAGGCAGCACUAGAAGAGUCACUCAACUGCGCCGCUGCAUUCUUUGGUUUCGGUUUGGAGGCCGCUUUCCAGCCUGUGCCUUUAGUCGCUCAGGCAGCACCCUCCCGGGUUGUAACCAAUGAUACAGAUACGAAUGUCAGCGCUUCCGAUAUUAUUGCUGAUUUCAAUGGCGACACACCACAACCACAGAAACAGCAGCCACAGGAACAGUCACAACGACAACAUCAGCAAACUCGCAGUGCGCCCAUUAAAGUCAAUGCCACACGAGAUUCGACGGGAUCUUUCGGUCAUAAUAUCCAGAGAAGAUGUUCCGCUCCCUGCGUCUAUGACAAUCACGCAUCGCCUGGUGGCGAAGACGGCACUCUCAAUUCGACAAGAUCUCGUCCCUCCGAUUACGUAGAUCCGAAGGAUGGCCAUUUGUGGCGGUCCAAGUACUGCGUUCUGGAGGAUGGUAUUCUCUAUUUUUAUCGAAACGCAGGAGACGCAGACGCUCAGGAAGCAAAGAAGGAGCGACAAAGCUCUGGGCUACUGACAGAUGACACUUUUGCGCAGCCCGACGCAGACGCUGCUGCAGAUUUGUCCCGUUCGCCAAUGGCCUCCAGGAGUUGUAUUGUACUCCCAGGCUUCGAUGGUACCUCUGUGUCAGGGUCAAACAGCGACGCUGAAUCUAACUUUAUGUGGGAGAAACGCGUCGCGCUGAAUUGCGUGGGAGCUGUCAGGUCUGCCGAAACAGAAUAUGGGGUUAAUGCUUUUGAAUUGCUUGCUGUUGACGACGAUGAUGAUGGGUUCACAAACAAGCUCGUAUUGAAGGCCCCCAAACCAGACGACAUGAGCGAAUGGCUCUUUCAGUUUCAUCGAUCCUUGGCUAGUUUUGUGAGGAACAUGGUGGACUUGGUCGGCGCAACGCCAAGCUACGCCCUGGGAGACAUCCAUCACCCGGCAUUCCAGCUCGAACCGCUCGGUCACGUCGUUCAGAGUCCUCUUAGGUCCUUCAAUUUACCAGCAUGCAGUCCCCGGUUUCUCAAUAAACACAUGCAAAGCCCUUCAGUCGCGGCCCUCUCGCAUGGCCACGGCCGAAGUCAGCUGCGGCGGCGACGUGCAGACUUUGGAAGCAAAGGACUGUCAUCGCAAUCAGUUCACUCGGUUCCCACCACACCCAUGUCCCAGUCUCCGACGCAGUUACCGUUCCCGCUGUCCCACAUGACCUCGACAAAGAGCAACUUGGCAGCCGCCGUCUCCAAUGCAAGCCUUGUUACACCGUUGAAACACGGAGGAGAUUUGAUGCUACCUGAAGCUGAUUCAGAGCCACGGCAAGCACCAGAAAUCGAUGAUAGUUCACCGCCGGAACUUUCUGCUCCGAAAUCAGCCAAUCCACCGGAAACUGACCGACCCCCCGCACCUGCUUCUGGAUCCAAGUAUGUUGCCCCUCACUUGCGCAAAAAGGGGGCGUACGUGCCCCCUCACCUGCGAAAUAAAGACCCCAAAGAAGGUGCUGCCAAGCCUGCCCCCAAAAAGUACGUUCCUCCUCACUUGCGGAACAAGAAUAGCAGCAACGGCACUGACAACAGCAACAACAUCAAGAGCAACAUUCUCGGCCCUCGUAGCUUGUCAUUGGCGGAGAAGGAGAGAGUUGAGAGUGCAUUUGCGUCGUCAGCUUCAAAUGGCCAUGCAUCAGUGGUAAAGGAGGACGAAUGGCAGGGAAAGACAACGAACGAGCCUGAACCUGCCAAAUCAUUGAAACUUGGUGGAUGUGCCGACCCGCAAGUGAUCGACGGCUCGAUUUUGGAUAGCGUCUACAUCCCCAGGAAAGCCUCGCGAGUGGGCAAGGUGCCAACAAAUGCAUACGGCGGUUUCGGAGGUGUCAAGACUGGCGACGGCGGGCCUGAGAGCGAACCUGAAAUACCGGCGUCCUCUCUGCAAUGGGAGAUCGGUGCUGUUUCUGAGUGCGGGAUUCGAGAGACGAAUGAAGACUCCUAUCUAGUUACCAACAACGUGGUUGAGACCUUCUCCGAUCUUCUUCCUGGCUCUUUGCGCCCGACGUACUGGCAUUCAGCCCAUGAACAUCAGUCUGGACUUUUCUGCGUGUUCGAUGGUCAUGGUGGGAAUCAGGCCGCACGGUUUGCUGCAGAGAAGCUGCCACGCUUUUUGUACGACGAGUCCCUUGACCAUGAUCCGUCCAUUGAGGUUGAUCCUGCAACCACGGAAGAGAUCUUGCGCCGCGCAAUCCGCAAGCUCGAUGAUGCAUUUUGCCAGCUGUGCGUAGAGGACGAAAGAGAAUGGGAGUCAGGUUCAACUGCUUUAAUUGCAACGCUUGUCAACGGGCACCUGGUCAUUGCCAGUCUUGGAGAUUGUCGCGGAGUGCUUUCUCGACUAGUUGAGGACGGUCAAGGACAACAUGCAAGCCUCGCAGAACAAAAUGAAUGGAAUGAGCUCGAUGCAGAGAACGGAGUGAUCGGAAGUGAGAGAUGCUUUUGGAGAGAAGUGGCAGAAGUUCAUAGUCCCUCACGCAAGGACGAGAAGGAGCGUAUUGAGCAAGCGGGUGGUUGGACGACAACAGAAAAGGAGAUUCCCAUCAGUCAAUUGCAGCGAAUGGACUUCUGUGAUGAAGAUGUCAUCGGCAUACUCAAGCGCUGUUUGCAAGGCAAAUACGACAAUUCUCAGAGCUCUAAAGAGUGCAGUUCUGCUCCUCAGCGAAUUCUUCAUAUCUCGAGAGUGUGCGGGGAGCUCGCUGUAAGUCGCGCAAUUGGAGACAGAGACUUCAAGGCAGCAUGCAACAAUCCAUCGAUCGGCGACACGGGAGAAGAAAAAUGGGAGUGUACGUUGUUUCUUCCGUUUCCUGACGAUCACGACCGACACUUUGUGGGUGACCUCGUGUCGGGCAAACCAGACUUUUCUUCUAUUCGAGUCGGCGAGGCUGGGAUCCAAGGAGAGUUUUUAUUGCUGGCUUGUGAUGGCCUCUGGGAUGUUAUUGACGUGGAUGACGCCGUUCGUGUUACACGGGGUCUUCUUUUUGAGAAGAAACUCCCGGCCAAGCAAGCGGCUGCUCGUCUGGCUGAACUGGCAAUCCACUUGGGUUCUUCGGACAAUGUGACAAUCAUUGUGGUCAAUUUCACUUCCAAAGCGUAGCUGUAAAGUGCAGCGGUGUUCCGGCUCUGCACUUUGUUAUAUGCUAGUUGGAAGUUCGGGGAAGCCGCCGUGGAGUCUGGGCUGAAAGGAGCAGUUGACAGACAGCUGCUGCCAUCCUGCCUCCACAAGGUUCUUCUGACGUGGAGUCCCAUGCCUCACUAUCACUCAGCCACUGACCAGCUACUGAGUGAUAUAGCUAGAGCCAACCUAAGAAUAGGCAGCAGGUUGCAACUGGUAAUGUUGCAGGAUACUAAAAUUAUGUAGGAGGGAUGAUGAGAUAGUUCUACAUCGAGGCGUUAUGGGCGCUUGUGUGGUUUUGCACCACUGGGUUGGAAGCGUUUUGCUGGUGGCAAGGACAGUCGCAGGAUUCGGCACAGAGAAUCAAAACAUCACUUGGAACUGUCUCCAACAUGUUGCCUGCAAUAUUGAGCUCCUCAAGGAACUGCAAUUCCGAAAACUCAAUGGGCACCUCGCCGGACAGGUUGUUUUGCUGAGCUGUGAAUCGGGUCAAGUUUUUCAGUAGACCAAGCUCACUUGGAAUGGAAUAUUGAAUUUGAUUGUUGUGUAUCAGCAUCCAACCCAAGCUCCCGCCAAGAAGCCCAAACUCGGACGGUAUGCUCCCUGAAAAAUCCUGUUCAGGCGGCAUGAAAAGAAACGUUUCUCCAUGAGCCCAAUUACCAUGCAGCAGAAACAACUCUGAUGAGGUCUUCUGGCAACUUACGUUGUCAUAGAGCGAGAAGGCUCCAAGAUGGGAUAAGAGCCCGAACUCAGUGGGGAUCGGGCCGAGAAACUGAUUGCCAAACAGAGACAGGAUUGUGGCAUUGGUCAAGCUUCCAAUGACGUCUGGUGGCAGAGUACCUGUCAAGGACUGUGUAUCAAUCUCUGUAAGCUUAUUGGUUUCUUGGUUACCUUGAGCAUACAACCAAGCAUGGCACCUCAGUCAACUUACAUUCCUGUUCAGAAACAAAAAUUCCAAGCUUGUCAUCUGCUGGAAGUUUGAGGGAAUAGUUCCUGUCAAAAGCUGAGUGUAGUCCAACCAAAGGAAGCAACCAUUGUUAGAGCCCCAAGUUGGCAACAUAUCAUCGUUGCUUGAACAAAGAAGACUUACAUUUCCAUCUAAACUAAGGUAAGCAAUAUUUGGCAUGAGCCCCAGCUCUGUUGGAAUCUGAGAGAUUUUGCGGGAGUGAGAAUCACCAUGCACAUGCAACACCAUGUCAUUUGCAAGCUCAUGCACUCACCAUUCCAGUGAGCUGGUUGUCUGCAAGGACUAGGUCCACCAGGUUUGGAAGCAAUGACAACUCCCCGGGGACAGGUCCUGUCAAUGACUGUGUAGUCGUGUAGUCAAUCUCUGUAAGCCUAUAGUUUCCUCUCAUUUUACAGAUC